AUGGCGGAAAUUCGCCGGCUCAACCGGCCUGUCCUUCGAUAUUUGAUGGCCCGAGGCCCAGAAAGACGACUCGUAGACCAUCAAAACCCCUUGGAGAAGUACUCCGCCAAGGGGGUGAAAGACAGAUAUCGUUUCCUGCCCGACACAAUAAUGGUCUUCGUUGAGGUAUUCGGCCCAAAGUUGACGCGUCCGACCGACCGUGGCCAUGCACUGCCUGUCAUACUACAAAUUUGCGUGUGUCUCCGUUUCCUUGCUUGCGGGUCCUUCCAAAUAAUGGUCGGGGAUGGAGAUGGACUGUCAAAAAGUUCCGUGUGCCGUAUCGUGAAGGCCACCAUGAACGAAAUAAUCAAAUAUAUGAGCGAAAUCAUAAAAUUUCCGAGGGGCGACGAAGCCACAGAAACUAAGAAGCGCUUCUUCGCAGUUGCAGGUUUCCCUAACGUAAUCGGUGCUUUGGACUGCACACAGAUAAAGAUUCAAGCCCCAUCUCAAUUUGAGGAUGUUUAUGUCUGUCGCAAAUCCAUUCACAGCAUCAAUGUUCAGAUGAUAUGUGAUGCUGAUCGCAUUGCCACAAACCUUGUAGCCAAAUGGCCGGGAAGUGUUCACGACAGUCGAAUAUUCAAGGUGUCGUCCAUUGGCCGAGAACUUGCUAACCAAGCUCCACAUGAUGGAUUCCUUUUGGGCGACAAAGGUUAUGCACUUGAACCGUACCUGAUGACACCUUAUCGGAAUCCAACACCUGAAGAAGCCAGAUACAAUGCCGCCCAAGCACGACCCAGGACACGAGUUGAGCAGGCCUUUGGCAUUUUAAAGAGGCGGUUCCAUUGCUUGCACGAUGAAAUUCGGCUGGUCCCAGAACAGGCCUGUAAAGUGAUAGUCUGCUGUGUAAUCCUCAACAACAUUGCACUGAAGCGGCAGGAUGUGAUGGAGCCACUUUUGGAGAAUCAAUAUAACCUUGAUCCCAUUGAUGACGAUACUGUAACUGGAAGGGUUGUAAGAGAUCAUUUGCGUGAUACCUUCUUUCAUUUCUGAUUGUGCAAGCAUGCAAGUGUUUUUUAUGAUAUUUUAAGAGGAAACCUAAGUGAGUUGGCCAUAAAAUUGCA